AUGCCUUUAUCAAGACUGAGGACUACUAACGACAAGUGGGAGACGGCACCGGAAUAUGAAGCACCAUCCACGUUCACCGUGGAAAGGUUUCUGCAGGUGACGGAUCUGUUGCUCGAGAAUCCAAAUCUGAACUCCACCCAUCUGUUUCGAGCCGACAUCCUCUACGAUGACGCCCACCUUUUGAGAACGGUCUCUGAGAAAGAGACUCGCUGUCAGAUUGGCAGCUCGGAUGACAUUGACGACGAGGGUUCCUAUGCCAAAGAGCCUGUCGGCGUAGCCUCCAGUGUAGCGCCCUUCGUGCCGGGCGCCGUCCUGCACAGGAAGGUGCUAAGAAGACUCGUUCCUCGAAAACCACAGCUCGAUCGCCCCUUAGACCAGUGGUGUUACAUAUACAGAUUGGCUGAUGGCCCGGAGAUUUCUGGUUUUGUUGUGCUUUAUGUCCCCGUCGUGGAAGGAGAAGCUGAAAUGCCAUGGUACCAUCCACCAGUCAAGGCCCUGGCAUACGUCUACGAAGUCAAGCACAAGGAGGGUGAGUCAACGUUAUCUGUUCACCUUUUGCCUUUCUCCAGCACCACAGAUUCGUUGCCAACUCGUCUGCAUCGCACCAUGAUUUCUUUACUUCAAACGUUCGUUAGACUUUCGAAGAGUACGACGGGGGAGCACCUUGAGGAGGGGGUGCAAUAUGGCGAGGAGCGAACAGCAACAGAAUUGUCUCUGGCACCCGCUGCUUUGAAAGACACUGUUCUGCCCCAACAUAUCGUUCAGGACACCUACGCUCGCCUCAAACAACAGUAUGCGCGUGACCUGAUUUCCCGCUGGGUCGAGAAGACGGAACCGUCCAAGCACGUCUUUGAGGAUCUCUCGAUCGCCGCCUUCCUCAUUGAGCUCUGGAAGCAAAUGUAUCCUCCUGGAACCUUCCCGGGCUUCAUCGACUUCGCCUGCGGGAACGGCGUGCUCACUUAUGUGCUGAUCAAGGAGGGCUACCGUGGCCGUGGGUUCGACGCCCGCCGUCGUUCUACCUGGCAAGUUCUGGGGAUGGAAGACUACCUGGAUGUCAUGGUCUGCGUGCCGCAGCCGUUCCUUGAUCACGCGCCCGUGGAGCUCAGCAUCGACCGCCUGCACGAGGCAGGCAUGCAGAUUCACAACGGGCUCUUCAACGGUGUCUUUAACGGUCUCCGGAACGGGGUUUUCAGACCUGGCACCUUCAUCAUUUCUAACCACGCUGACGAACUCACGCCCUGGACGCCACUGCUCGCGGCUCUCUCGUGUCCGGAGUCGCCGCUCCCGUUCCUCGCCAUCCCAUGCUGUUCUCACGCUCUGAGUGGUGCGAAGCACCGUUAUUUACCGAAAGACAUUACCUCAAUCUCUCCCGCACCAAGCAUUAACGGUAAUGAACAUCAAACAGCGAAUGGAGAUCUAAAGGCUCUCCGAGCAGCGAAGCUGAAAGCCGCAUCCCAUCAGGACGACAAGUCAAUGUACGCGUGCUUGACCAAGAAAGUCGUAGCCCUGGCACAGGAAGUUGGCUGUGGUAUCGAGCUGACGCUCAUGCGAAUCCCAAGUACGAGGAACAUCGGCAUUGUAGGGAACAGGAGGAGGACUUUCAGCGCCGUCGACGGAUUUAUUGGUCAACCGAAUCCACAGAGCCAGCAAGUUGAGCAGCAGCCAGAGUCUGACCCCGCCAGCGCAUCAGUCAGAUCCGCACCCACGGUACAAGACAAGGUCGACCGAUUGCUGGCCCGUGAAUGUGCAAUGUCCGGAGGCCUAGCCGAGGCGGCAAGGACUUGGAUCGAACGAGCACAGAAGCUCCAAAAGGGCCGGGGAAGAGGGAAGGUGAAUCUGGGCGGGAAAUCAGGGGAGGACUAUGGACACGAUUGA